AAGAGCGGAGCUAACUUUCAUGUAACUAUGUGUAUUUGAAAUAGUUCGAAUUUUGAAAAAUGGUCAGAAGCGAAACUGCAGUUCUCUGCAGCGUCGACAGUGUCAAAAUGUUAUCUUUUUUUAUGAAUAAAAAGAAAAAAGAAAUGGGUCGUUAUACACAAUUAAUUUCGUAAUUGCGUAUGAUUGAUAGGACCCAUCUGAUAAAGUUUUAAAGUCGCUCCCGAUGAAGUUUACUUAAGUUUGCCAAAGGAAAGGAAAAUAUUCAUUGCGAUUUGCUCAUUCGGCGAAUAGACAAUUCGUUAGUUAUUGCUCAGACCUAAAACCAACAAUCGGUGCGGUGGUUCAUAUUAACAGCAGUUGACCCAUUUAAAACUGUUAAUUCUUCUCAAAACUGUGAACAUUUAAUUGAAACUUUAAACCAACAUUUAAUCAGCAGUUAUUCUAUAGUGGUAAUAUCAUGAGAGUUCUACACAUUACGAGGUUCGCUUUGAAAGUAAGUGUAAUCGUAACUUCUAAAUUACUAACUGCAUAAGAUUAAAAUCUAUAAAAAGCUCCUUACCGAUCAUACUCUCAGCUGGGCAUGCACAGUGCAAAUACAUCCACUGAGAAUAUGGCUACUAAGAUGCGCUUUAGAGAUUUUAGUUUCAUAUACAGAGCUUUUACAGAGCUUUUUAUAGAUUUUAAUCUCAUGCAGUAGGUAGUUUAGAAGUUAUGGUAAGAAACUACUUACUUUUGAAGAUACCCUCGUAAUUUGUGAAACUCACAUGAUUUUACCACCAGAAUGAAUACUGAUGAAAGGUUGGUUUAAAUUCAUUCGGAAUAGGUUAGAAAUUAUAAAAAAAAAUGUGAUCCUUGUACUUCGUGCAAAACCCGUUAUUUAUCACUCGAAUUUUUGCAAUGAGACAAUACGCAAUUUUCCUAAUUCUUCCAUGCUUAGCUCUAACAUCGCAUUCUCCCGCGGCCAAAAAAGAUGUGGCAUACAAUCUCGAUCCUAGGUACCUAGUGCCCUUCAGCCACCUUUUUUUCUCACCGCUGGGCACCGCGAUUGCACUCCGCUUCAUCAAUGACAUCAUGCGCUCCGAAUCUCC